GCUUUCCUCAGUGAUGUGAAUGGAAAAGAAGCGAGCUGCGGACAUAAUCUGAACAGUAUCGUGUACAGGGUAGGGGAAAAGGGGCUUGCAUCUUCUCUUCGGGCCGGAGAAUGUUGUAGCGUACACUUCUAGGGUGAAAUUUAUGAGAUUUACGUAUCGGUUGGUCGAAUGUACGUGUUGAUCAGCAGCACCGAAGGUCGCCGCGUUCCGCCCUAUUCUGCUUGAAUUCCUUACAGCACUAUCAGAUCCAUCAGUACGACCAGCCGAUUCAGAAGGAGAAAAUCACACUGGAGCAUAUUCGUCUUGGCUCUACGAUCAAGAGAAUUUAACAGAGGCAAACAAGGACAAAUGACAGACAGCAAGCCGGCUGAAAGGAUUAUGAUAUCUUGAGCCAGAUUUUACAGAUCUUAGUUGUUUUUCUUUUUUUUUUUUUUUACUAAAAGCUGUGACUUUAUGUUUCCAAAUUUUCUUUAAAUGCCCCAUUUUUAAUUGACAGUAUCUGUCAUUUUUGUUGUCUGCAACAAAUUUGGGGUGAAGCAAUUUGUUUUUGUUCUUUUCCUGAUCUCCUUUUCACUGUAACUAGAACACGAUUGUGGGAGUGAAAGGACUUUUUUUCCAGCAUUUUUUCAUUUGGUUUCCCUUUUGGCAAACUCAAUUUGUCAAGCUAUCUUUCAGUUUAUUGCUUAUACUCCUCUUUAAUUUAGAGGAAGAAAUUACUUAAUCAAUUUAAUUUUCCCAACAGGGAAACAAACCAGAAUUUGUUGUGUUCUUGACACACAUUCUUUUGCGUGUUAGGAGUGCGUCCGUGUUCUUGAGAAUUGGGGCUUCAUUGACAAAAUUCAGUGGAAAGAACUAAGACGCUUAACACAAGAGCUCCUUUAGCCUAAAACUCAGUGACCUCUCUAAAGACCCAAGUGGGAGAACAUUACAAGGUCCUUCUUAGGAAAUGGGAUCUGAAAAAGAUUCUGAAUCGCCCCACUCAUCUGUUAGUGGCAUUGCCAAUCCCAAAUGUCAUGGGCCUGGCAAGAAGCAAGGCAGGAUCUCCUUUCACAAUCUCUUUCAUGGUAAACGUGGAUCCAGAGGGACCAAGGCUAAUGUGGGCACUCCUCUCAAACAACAGCUGCACCAACAGCAGCAACAACAGCUUCUCCAGCCCCCAACACCCACGAAUGUUUCAUCUGACCCAUCUAAGGCAGACCCGGCCGAGCCACUGUCCGCCAGCCAGGCCUCUCUUGGUGGGCAAGAACUCUUAGAGUGUCCCCUGUGCCUGGUGCGACAACCUGCGGAUCAACUUCCUGAGCUCCAGGGUUGCAGUCAUCGGUCCUGCCUGGGUUGUCUACGGCAAUAUUUGCGGAUCGAGAUUACAGAGAGUCGAGUCCAGCUCAGCUGCCCAGAAUGUGCAGAGCGACUGGCCCCACGGCAGGUGGCCCUUAUCCUGGAUGAUCCCAUCCUGAUGGAGAAGUAUGAGGAGUUCUUGCUACGCCGCUGCUUGGCAUCAGACCCUGACUGCCGAUGGUGUCCCGCCCCGGAUUGUGGUUUUGCGGUAAUUGCAUCUGGAUGUGCCAGCUGCCCCAGGCUGGUGUGUCGAAGGGAAGUGUGUGGUGCAGAGUUCUGUUACCACUGCAAGCAGGUGUGGCAUCCUAACCAGACCUGUGACUCUGCCCGACAGCAGAGGGUGCUGUCCUUAAGAACGCACAGUAACCAUUCACCCAGCUACACAGCUGAGCAGGGACACACUGAUGACAUCAAGGCUUGCCCUCGAUGCGGUGCCUACAUCAUCAAGAUGAACGAUGGCAGCUGUAAUCACAUGACCUGUGCUGUGUGCGGCUGUGAGUUCUGCUGGCUCUGUAUGAAGGAGAUAUCAGACCUGCACUACCUCAGUCCAUCUGGUUGUACAUUCUGGGGAAAGAAGCCAUGGAGUCGCAAGAAGAAGAUUCUUUGGCAGCUGGGCACUUUGAUCGGUGCACCGGUGGGCAUCACUCUGAUUGCUGGCAUUGCACUUCCUGCCAUGGUUAUCGGCAUCCCAGUUUACAUUGGACGCAAGAUCCACUCGCACUAUGAGGGAAAGAAAACAUCACAUCACAGGAGAAAUCUGGCAAUCACUGGGGGUGUGGCUCUGUCAAUCAUCACAGCUCCUGUUAUUGCUGCUGUCAGUGUGGGUAUUGGUGUUCCCAUCAUGUUGGCGUAUGUGUAUGGUGUUGUGCCUAUCUCUCUGUGCCGUGGUGGAGGCUGUGGGGUUAGCCGAGGAAAAGGACGAGGUGUAAGGAUAGAUUUUAAUGAGGAUGAUGGACCUAUUACAGUUGCUGAUGCAUGGAGAGCACUGAAGUCUCCCAGCCUGGGUGAGAGCAGUUUGGAGGGAGGAGCCAGUGGCCUUAGUACCACCUCUCCAAGCGAAGGCCUGUCAGUAGCCCCAGGCGGCCUCGGAGAUGCACCCCACUUCAACACACUAGCAGGAGGAGCGCUUGGUGCUACGACAGGAAAAUACAGCAGGCUGGAGGUGCAGGGAACAGAGCUGGGUAAAGAAGGUGCGGUUAGGGAGACGGGCAGCUUGGGAGCAGCCAGUGACUGUGUCAGCACAAGGGGCAUGGCAGGAUCCAUCACUUCCACUUACACCUUACCUGACAGAGAGGGCACUAACCUUGAGAUCCAGGUGGACAUUGAAACUAAUCCCAGCCAUCUGUGUCUAACCACUGAGGAGGAUCUGGCUCCGCCCACUGCUGUGAAGGCACCCGGUUCAGGGGAGGAGCCUCAGGACUGCAGUUCCCGCAGGAGUGGGGUGUUGUUGGAUUCCCCACUAGGACUGUCGCCCGGGAUGUCACUAAGGGAGCGUCUUCAAGAUGUCACCCUCGCUCAGCCAGAAAGCAUCCGCAGUGACCUGGAGAUGUCCGACACGCAGUCUGACGAUAUCGCAGAGCUCACGUCUGAUGACUGUGACUCGCCCCACCCCAAGAGCUGCCACUCCGCCCCACCGCCACAGACAACUUGCAGAGCCUUGAACCCCACCGACAGCCUGCACUGUCCCGGCAAUGUCAUUCUUUUCGUGUGAUAGACUCUCACAGUUGCACAAAUCCAACUGUUUCUGAGCUUUUGACUUGUUAACGCUUUACCAAUUAUUUUGCUUCUUUUUAUAAUUAUUAAAACACCUAACUUGCACUCAAAGAACUCGUGGAACUGACUGAUCAUCACUCUGCUCUCCUGUCUGUCUCAUUAUGAGCCUGGACAGGUCCUCUACCUCUUCAGAAAUUACCUGUUAUUCAUUGGUUGGUGUUUACUUCUUGGUGCAACAAUGCUUUAAGCAAAAUAAAGGUUAAAGGAAUACUUCACCCAAAAAUGAAAAUUAUGUCAUCAUUUACUUAAGGUCAUGUCAUUCCAUACCCAUUUGAUUUUUUUACUUCUUCUUUUUUGCUCUUUUUGAAUGAAAGUGAAUUAUGACCAGUGGCUGUCAAGCUCCAAAAAUGACAUAAAAUUACAUAAAAGCAUAGUAAAAGUGGUCCAUGUGACUUCCGUGCUAUAUUCCAAGUAUUUUGAAGCCAUACGAUAGCUUUGUGUAAGGGACAGGCCUUUCUUUCCUUUUUCUUUAGCUUUCAGUUUUCAUUUGUGCUGUUUGAGGAUGCACAUACACAUACUUGACUCGUAAUCGGUUUUGAGACACUUGAUAACAGUUGAAUAUAAGCAAGCAUGAGAUUUGAGGGCUGCAGUGAAUGAUGACUUUUUGUCUUUUCGUCACACAAAGAUAUCAAGUGGUUUCAGAAGACUUGAAAUGUAACAUAUGAUUCGUAUAAACUUCUUGUAUGGUGCAUUAAUGAUGUUUUUGGUGCAUGGCAGUCCCUGGUUCCCUAUUCAUUUUCAUUGUAUGUAAAAGUACAGCUUGGACACUUUUCAAAAUACCUUCAUUUUUGUUCCACAGUGUAAAGAAAGACCUACAGGAUUUUGAGCAACUUGAGGGUGAGUAAAUGAUGCCAGAAUUUUCAUUUUUGGGUGAACUGUUCCUUUAAAUUGGUACAAUUAUUGCCACAAGAAUUUCUUUAGAAAGCAAACAAACAAACAUAUAAUGUUACAAAGUCAAAUGUCACCAAGCACAUUUAUAUGUGAGAGGAUUUUGAAUGGUUUAGAGUGACUUCCUUUCACGGAUGCUUAUAUGGAUGAUACAUUUCAGUAUUGUUUUUACGUUUUUUUGUUUUUUGUUUUUAGAAUCUAUACGACCUGGAAAUUGUAUGAUUUGCUGAAUGCAUGGGAGUGCAUGCCCAGCGCUAGUACAAGCGAAUACAAGCAGAGUAUUGUUUUGGUCGCACUGGCCCAGUUUGCACAGAAGAAAACAUUUCAUCUAUACAUAGUGAAUGAGAGAUCAGUACAGAGUAAGGUCAGUGCAAUGGGAGAAUGAUCUAAAUUCACUAGAAGACGGUUUCACUCGAAUCACUGCCUGCCUUACAGACAGAGCACAUGCACUCAGUUCCCUUACACUGUCUGAGACUUGAGCUGAGAGAAAGGACGUGCGUUUGCUAUAUAUGUGUGUAUGUUUACAUUGAUGGGUAUUAAAUCUUAUAGUAUCAAUGGUGGAAUGGCCAUCAACAUGCAUGUAUGUUAUUAUUAAUAUUAUAUUUUGCCUCUUUCUUUAGCACACAGCUUGUUUUAUGCAAUUGCAAUUUUAUGUUUGUUUUACCCGCUAGCUGGAUGGAUGGCGGGUUGGAUGGAUGAGCACUCCUGCACUUUAUCCCAGUAUUUAUCAUUGUUCUACAUUUUUGGCUUAUAUUUAUGCACUUCCUCUUUCUUUUGUUUUCAGCCUCUCUGGAAUAACAUAACAUAAUAUUUGGACACAGUAGUCAUUCGUUUGAUUUUGUUAUUUAAUUUUGUAUGUAAUGGAGUACUGAAAGUUUCAUAAUCUCAACAUGCUACUAUGCUUUCUGAAUCUCUGGCGCAGCUCUCAUGAUUAUUAUAUUUGGCUACAGAGAUGAUCCUCUGUUUUUACAUUAAUGAUGGAUUAGCUUUAUCUUGUAAUCACAAAAGGGCAUUUGUGGUUUACACAUCUCUUGCUUUUUUGUUGUUGUGUGAAGAUGCUUUUGUACUUUUUAGGUUUAUGAGCAAAUUGUAAAAACUACUUGACAAUUUGACUAUUAACGUAUUAUGGUGAAAUGAGUGUCAGCAACUAAAUUGAGUUAAA